AUGACUGUGAAUUGCCAGGACGUUACAAAGAAGGGUGCGACCGUCAGCGGUCUUUACUACGUGAAGCCGGGGACGGCCACUGAGCAGUUCCUGGUCUAUUGUGAGAUCGACAGCUUCGGCCGCGGCUUCACAGUCAUUCAGAGGAGACGUGACGGCAGCGUGGACUUCUACAAGGACUGGAUCCAGUACAAGCAGGGCUUCGGUUACCUCUCCCCAGAUGACACCACCGAGUUCUGGCUCGGCAACGAGAAGAUCCACCUGCUGACCAUCAGCUCCAACAUAGAUCAGGGGUGGGCAAACUUUUUGACUCGCGGGCCACAAUGGGUUCCAAAAUUUGACAGAGGGGCCGGGCCAGGAACAGAUGGAUGGCUGGCUGGCUGUGACUUGUUGGACGUGUCUGUGUUUGUUUACGGGUAUGCAGACUACACCAUGUUCAAACUGGGGACAGAGGCCGACAAUUAUCGUCUGACCUACGGUUACUACUUUGGCGGUGACGACGGCGACGCUUUCGAUGGCUUCCACUUCGGAGAUGACCCCAGUGACAAGUUCUACACGUCACACAACAGCAUGCAAUUCAGCACCAGCGACAAGGACAACGACAAGUUCGACGGCAGCUGUGCUCGCCAGGACGGCUCCGGCUGGUGAAUGAACAGAUGCCAUGCUGCACAUUUGAACGGCAAAUACUACCAGGGCAGCAGAUACUCAGAAAAGGAUGCAGGUGAAUUUGGCUACGACAACGGCAUCAUCUGGGUGACAUGGCACGACCACUGGUACUCCCCGAAGGAGACGACCAUGAAGCUCCUUCCCCUGAGCCGCAUCGCAGCAGGCGGCGGACAGCAGGCGGGGGUGAUACAGUUUGGCGGUCUUUGAAUUUAGUAAA